GAGGAGACCCAGUCCACAGCACCAUGCCAGAACUGAGCGGACCUGGUGAGAGUUGGGCUGGCAAUGUUCAAGGGACUGCAUUUUCACUGCUCCUCCUGCGCGAUGCCCGCGGGCCUCUGCGGCCUCCUCUCCCCCGGCGGCGCCGCUCCUCUCCUCUCCCUGACCUCCUCCUUCUCCCUCCUCUCCUCCCCGAGCACCACCACCACGAUCAGCCACCUCCCCUCCUCAGCCGCCUCCUCCUCCGCGUCUCCUCUCUUCCGGCCCAGGCCUCUGCUCUCCUCCCUCUCCCUGUCCCUGCUCCUGCUGUCGCUCCUCCUGCUAGUUCCGGCCUCCCACUCCCAGUCUCGACGGCCCGGGGGAGGCGGUGGUGGCGGGGGAGGUGGGGGAGGCGCAGGGCCUCCUGGCUCCUCUCAAGGAGGCGGGGCCAACAAAGGGCAGCCUCUUCUGAUUGGGUCGCAUUAUGGGGCGGUGGGCGGCGGCCACAGCCAUGGGGGCGGGGCCGGCGGUGCAGCAGGUGGAGGGGGCGGUGGCACCGGAGGCGGGAGUUCGGAGAGAGUGUCGGCCCCGAUGAUGCCCAAGCAGGCGCAGGGCCUGAGCAUCGCGGUGAUCGUGGUUGGCAACUCCAGUGAGAUGGCGGCCAUCGCAGGGGAGGGCCUGGACAAACAGGACUUCCUCUUACUGCCCGUACCACCCAAGGUGGACCUGGUGACUAUGAACGAGACGGACCCCAAGAGCAUCAUCAACGGCAUCUGCCAGCUGAUGCAGCGCCACUGGCUGCAGGGUGUGGUGUUCGGGGACGACACCGACCAGGAGGCCAUCGCCCAGAUCCUCGACUUCAUCUCGGCCCAGACACACAUCCCCAUCCUGGGCAUACGCGGCGGGUCCUCCAUGAUCAUGGCUGCCAAGGAUGACAACUCCAUGUUCUUCCAGUUUGGGCCCUCCAUAGAGCAGCAGGCCUCUGUCAUGCUCAACAUCAUGGAGGAGUACGACUGGUACAUCUUCUCCAUCGUCACCACAUACUACCCAGGAUACCAGGACUUUGUCAACAGGAUCCGCAGCACCAUAGAGAACAGCUUCGUGGGCUGGGAGCUGGAGGAAGUCCUCCUGCUGGACAUGUCGGUGGACGAUGGCGAGUCCAAGAUCCAGGACAAGAUGAAGAAGCUGCAGAGCCCGGUGAUCCUGCUCUACUGCACCAAAGAGGAGGCCAGCACCAUCUUCGAGGUGGCGCACUCCGUGGGCCUCACCGGGUACGGUUACACGUGGAUCGUACCAUCGCUGGUGGCGGGGGACACCAACAACGUGCCGGCUGUUUACCCCACAGGUAUGAUCACGGUGUCCUAUGACGAGUGGGACUACGGCCUGGAUGCGCGCGUGCGUGACGGGGUGGCCAUCAUAGCCAAGGCCACGUCGCGCAUGAUGCUGGAGAGGGGCUCCACCACGCUGCUCAAGUCCAGCUGCCAGGACACCUCCAGCAAGAAGGGCGCCAAGCCCGGCGGCAACUCAGGCAACGACGUCAAGAAGUACCUGAUGAAUGUGACGUUUGAGGGCAGGAACCUGUCGUUCAGCGAGGACGGCUACCAGAUGCACCCCAAGCUGGUCAUCAUCCUACUGGAUAAGGAGAGGCAGUGGGACAGGGUUGGCAAGUGGGAGAACGGCUCUCUGACCAUGAAGUACCACGUGUGGCCGCGUUUCGAGCUGUACUCGGGCACGGAGGAGCGUGACGACGAGCACCUGAGCAUCGUGACGCUGGAGGAGGCCCCCUUCGUCAUCGUGGAGGACGUGGACCCCCUCAGCGGCACCUGCAUGAGGAACACCGUCCCCUGCCGAAAGCAGCUCAAGUACAACAACCUGACCCAGACGGCCCCGGUCUACAUCAAGCGCUGCUGCAAGGGCUUCUGCAUUGACAUCCUGAAGAAGAUCGCCAAGCAGGUCAAGUUCACCUACGACCUGUACCUGGUCACCAACGGCAAGCACGGCAAGAAGAUCAACGGCACCUGGAACGGCAUGGUGGGAGAGGUGGUGGAGAAGAAUGCCCACAUGGCGGUGGGCUCUCUGACCAUCAACGAGGAGAGGUCGGAGGUCAUCGACUUCUCCGUGCCCUUCAUUGAGACGGGCAUCAGCGUCAUGGUCUCCCGUAGCAACGGCACCGUCUCGCCCUCGGCCUUCCUCGAGCCCUUCAGUGCGGACGUGUGGGUGAUGAUGUUUGUCAUGCUGCUGAUGGUGUCGGCGGUGGCCGUCUUUGUGUUUGAGUACUUCAGCCCGGUGGGCUACAACCGCUGCCUGGCCGACGGGAGAGAGCCCGGCGGUCCUUCGUUCACCAUCGGCAAGGCCGUAUGGCUUCUGUGGGGUCUGGUCUUCAACAACUCUGUGCCCGUGCAGAACCCAAAAGGCACCACCAGCAAGAUCAUGGUGUCGGUGUGGGCCUUCUUCGCUGUCAUCUUCCUGGCCAGCUACACUGCCAACCUGGCCGCCUUCAUGAUCCAGGAGGAGUACGUGGAUCAGGUCACUGGCUUGAGUGACAAGAAGUUCCAGCGCCCAAACGACUUCUCACCCCCGUUCCGCUUCGGCACGGUGCCCAACGGCAGCACAGAGAGAAACAUCCGGAACAACUACAAGGACAUGCACAGCUACAUGACCAGCUUCCACCAGAAGAACGUGCUGGACGCACUGCAGAGCCUCAAGGCAGGGAAGUUGGACGCGUUCAUCUACGACGCGGCGGUGUUGAACUACAUGGCGGGCCGCGACGAGGGCUGCAAGCUGGUGACCAUCGGCUCGGGGUACAUCUUCGCCACCACGGGCUACGGCAUCGCCAUCCAGAAGGACUCCGGCUGGAAGAGAGCAGUGGACCUCGCCAUUCUCGCCCUCUUUGGAGACGGUGAGAUGGAGGAGCUGGAGUCGCUCUGGCUGACGGGCAUCUGCCACAACGAGAAGAACGAGGUGAUGAGCUCCCAGCUGGACGUGGACAACAUGGCGGGCGUCUUCUACAUGCUGGCGGCGGCCAUGGUGCUGUCCCUUCUCACCUUCAUCGCCGAGCACCUCUUCUACUGGCAGCUGCGCUUCUGCUUCAUGGGCACCUGCACCGGGAAACCCGGCGCCACCUUCUCUAUCAGCAGGGGCAUCUGGAGUUGCAUACACGGCGUGCAGAUCGAGGAGGAGAAGAACUCGGCGGCCGCCGCAGCGCUGCACUCCCCGUCCGCAACCAUGAACGCCAGCAUGUCCAACACGCACUCCAACAUCCUGCGCCUGCUGCGCACUGCCAAGAGCAUGACGUCCGUCCCAGGGGUCAACGGCUCGCCGCACCGCGCCCUCGACUACCCGCCUCCGCCGCACCGCGAGUCCUCCAUCUAUGACAUCGGCGACCACCGCCGCAGUCUCGGACCUGGCGUAGUCGGCGGGAUGGGCGACUACAAGCCUCCGCCGCCUUACCUGCCCGAGGACGGGGUCGGGGUCCUCGGCAGCGGGCUGUUCGCCGACGUGGUGGACAGGACGUUCGGCGGCGGCAACACCGACCUCUACCAGGACCACUUCCUGCAGCAUCACCAUAUGCACCACCACCAUCACCAUCACCAGGGGGCGGUGGCGUUGCAGCAGCAGCAGCAGUCCCAGCAGCAGCCGUGCCAGCAGCAGCCCUGCCAGCAGCAGCCUCCUCCUCUGGGUAUGUCGGGUGCCCUGGCCCUCUCUCGGCCCCGUAGCUUAGGCAGCACCACCUCGCUGGAUGGGGGGGGCAUGUUCGAUAGCGACAGUCUCGGGGGAGGGGUGGCGCCGAUUUUUACAACGCAGCCGCGCCAGUCCAUGACCCAACGUGGUGGUGGGGGUGGUGGUGGAGCCAGUAAGUUUGACCUGAUUGCCGGGCACCAAACACACCAGAGUGGAGGGUUCAAAGGGGCAGCUCCUGACCUGUAUGGACGGUUCUCGUUCAAAGGUGGAGCCGGAAGCUCGGGGUACCUUGCUGGAGGAGGACAUGAUCGCUACUGUGGAAGAGGUGGGGGAGGAGGAGGUGGUGGACAAGGUGAUGGCGCGGGUUCUGGAGGUGAGGACGGCAAUGUCCGCUCAGAUGUGUCGGACAUCUCCACACACACCGUAACGUACGGCAACCUUGAGGGCAAUGCCAAGCGUCGCAAAGCGCAGUACCAUGACAGCCUGCGGCGCCGACCCGCCUCGGCCAAGCUCCGUCGUGAGCAGGACCUUGACUCUGACUUUGGCGGCUUUGGUUUCCGUCGGCGGCAGCAUCACCACACCAUCCACCACCACCAUCACCACGGUGGCAGUGGCCACGGCCACCAUCACCACGGAGGCGGCCGACGCUCCGUCUCGCCACCUUUGGAGCGCAGCUCCAGCGCCAAGGGUCCCCGCUCAUCGUCCGCCUACGGGUUCCACCAUCACCACGAUUUCGGCGCCCACCAUCACGACCACCACCCAUUCCGGGGCAAGGAGGGAGUCGCCCGGUCGCCGUGGGAACACAUCGACCUGAACGACGGCCCCAUCGGAGUUCUCGGAGGAGGAGGAGGAGGAGGAGGCGGCGCAAACACCAGUCUGGUGCCCGUGGAGGAUUUCCUGAAAGGUAAAGGCAAGAAGACCGAGGGAGGCGGUGCUUCCUCCACGUCUGGGCCGCAUGCAUGCUGGGAACAUAGCUUGGGGGUGGGAGGCCUCGCCGGAGGUGACUGGGAGUGUCGCAACUGCCACAGUCACGGCCAUGGGCACGGUGCAGGAGGUGGUGCAGGAGCAGGAGUUUGCGGGGGGAAGGGAGCACUGCAUGGGGGCGUCAUGGGAGCGGGCACAGGGUACCAUCACCAUGGGGGCAUGGGACCAGGAGGAGGAGGAGGCGGUGGAGGAGGUAGUCGUCCAGGCUCGGCCUCAUGCAAGCGCUGCGAGUCCUGCAAGAAGCAGCCACCUCCACAGCCGCCACAGCAGCAGUCGGGCAAUCUGUACAACAUCAGCGAAGACUUCAACCGCCAGUCACGCCACUGCAACCACGGCAACCAGGGAUCGAAGUCCCCAGGUGGUGGUGGUGGUGGUGGUGGGGGAGGAGGAGGAGGAGCACAGCGCCGGAAGUUCGGGCCAGGCGGCCGGGUCUUGAGACGGCAGCACUCCUACGACACAUUUGUGGAGAUGCAGAAGGGGGCGGGGGGUCGAGGGGGUGGUAGUGGGGGAGGUGGGGGAGGAGGUGGUGGGGCAUCCGGAGUCCCUCCUCCGAGGAGCGUGAGCCUUAAAGACAAGGAUCGCUACAUGGAAGGCCCGAGCCCUUACACGCACAUGUUCGAGCGCUACGCCUCAGAGCGCGAUCGAGGUAGCAGGGAGAAUGUAGGCGGGGGAGGAUUUGUUAAGGGCGACCGGGGAAAAGGCGGUGGGUCGUCAUUUAGCCUGUCUGGCCGAGAGCGGGGAGAGGGAGGAGGUGGGUUCCAUCGACGUUCUGUCGGGGAACGCGACCUACGGGACCGGGAAAGAGGGCAGGGAGGUGGUGGCUAUGGAGGAGGAGGAGGAGGAGGAGGAGGUGCGGGAGCGGGUGCUCGAGGGUUGGGGACUUACUCCUUGUCUAAAUCUCUCUACCCAGAUAAAGUGAGCCAGAAUCCCUUCAUCCCGACGUUCGGCGAUGACCAGUGUCUCUUGCACGGCGGCCCCCACUCACACCACUACGGGAAAAAACAACAACAGCCGCAGCCCCAGCAUUCCGGGUCGGCCUCGCCGCAGCAGCAGCACAUCGCCCAUCAAGUGCCCCAGCAGCAGCAGCCACAAGCCCUACCGCAGCUGCCGCUCCUCAACAACAGCCGCACGGACUUCCGCGGCCCCAUGGGCGUGACGUCAUACCUGCCCGCCUCGGCGGCCGCGGGGGUGCUCUCGAACAUGGGCGGCGCCCGGUACUCCCCCAAGGACAUGUGUCUGGGUGGACCUAUGUUGGGGAACCACCACGGGCCCUCGCAAGGCGUGGUUGUGGUGGGAGGCGGUGGCGGUGGUGGUGGCGGGAAUAAGCUGCUUUCUGCGAGGGACGGAUUGGGAGGACUGGCGCCAGGAGGACAGCGGCCGUUCAACGGGUCCACCAACGGGCACGUGUACGAGAAACUUUCCAGCAUCGAGUCGGACGUUUGAAACCGGCACCAGACCAGAACAGGCCAGGACAGGUGCUGGAACUAAAACUUUAGAACUGGAACCUUGGAAGUUUGAACUAGUGAAGGACAAUGGACAAAAGGGAAUAGAACUUCUAAAUUGGAUUUUGGAAUGGAACGGACAAGGUUCUUUCGGUUGGGGAUUUGUGUUGUUUUGUUAUCGUUAUUAGUUAUUGGGGACACGAGAAGGAAGGACAGUGAGAGAGAGACAAAGAGAAAGACAAAAAUGGGAGAAGGAUUUUUUUUUGGAUUGACUGUGACAGAGGGUUACGAAGAGACACUGUGACAACUUCAGGGGAGCAAGAGAUGAAAUUAAUUAACCGAAUCAAUUACCUACUUAUUGAAUUAAUUAAUGACAAUGAUUAAGACGCUGGACUGAAGAGACUGAGAGGAAACACUCACUGUCCCCUUUGGUUCUUUGUGUUGCUUUAUUUUAAUUUUUUGCGGUUUCGUUCUUCCUUCCUUAAGUUUUAACAAGAAAGACAAGGAAUAUGGCCAGUAUGUUAAAUGGCCCCUGGGCCGACUCUCUUGACUAGCCGUGGCUAAAGAUACCAGAACACUCGCCAGCCACUGUACACUCAAACACAGGACAAGAGGGAUCUCUUAUAAAGUCCUCUCUCGUUUGUUUCUUUGUUUUGUUUUGUGAGUUUUUGUUUGUAUGAUUUUUUUUACUCCUUCUUCUUUAGUGUCUCUCUUUCUGCUGUUCUUUACACCAAAUGUAGAGGUUCGAUCCUGCCUAUAGCUAACUAUGGAUACCUGAAACAAUCACGAUUGAUCGAUCGAUCGAUGAAAUUUCUUAUUGUAUUUGAAGUAACAGGGUAAAACUCACAAUAACUGUAUUGAUACUAUUGUUAAAAAAGAAGAUAAUGAUAAUUAUUAUAUAUGAUAACAAUGUUUUCUGAUGUUCAGUUUGGGCUUGAGUUUUUAAAUAUUUUGCGCUGUUAUAUAUUUGUACUUUGUAGGUGCUUCUAUGUUAGCACAGACAUGUCACGGGCUUGCUCUUUUCAUUUAUUCUGCAAAGCUUGAAGACAAUGUUGACUUCCUUUUCCCUUUUCGAAUCCUUUAUUAUGAGUAUUGUUAUUAUGGUUAUUAUUAUUAUUAGCAUUAUUGCAAUUAUUAUUAUUGAUAAUUCAUGUUUCUUUUUUCUGUUUUUGGGGUGAUGUGUAAUGUAUGUGAAAGGCAUGAUUUGGAAAAAAAAGUACUCAAGACAUAGAGAUUUUGUUGUGAAAGAAAUUUAAUAAUAAUAAUUAUUAUUCCAAUUAUUAUUAUUACUGUUAGGAUGCUCUUAUUUUAUUUAGUUUUUUUAAGGAACGAGAAAAUGAUUUGUUUUCCCCACCAAGUGUUAAGUAGUGCAAAAAUUGUUUCUAGAAGAUUAAAAAAAAAAGACAUUGCACAUAACGUGCCUUACCAGAGUCACAGAACACUAGUUUUGACAGAUGAUGUUGCUAUGGUAACCACUUUAGGGGGUGCGGCGGCAUGUGUUGGGGCUGCUGUGAUGUAUUGGAAUUAAUUUUAUCCUCCUGGUUUUGUCGCCUCUCACUCUCCUUAUCCACCAAGAAAACCCUGAGACUCAAGACCUAAAGUAACGUCUGCUGCUUGUCCGCGGUAAUGAUGAGGGCUCACUAAUCUCGGAAUGGGUUAGUGCCUCUGCUUGAGGGUACGAAGCACACGGAGACACACACACACACCAAAACACACACAAACACACACACACAUACACACACACACACUAUUAAUAUAUAUGGGGUAAAAAGAAAGCAUUGAAAGCCAUGUUCAGUGACAGCCUUUUUUGUCUAAAUGUUUCUGAGAUUUACAUUUCCGUUUUUAGCAUUUGCGGUCAGUUAGCAUAAAUUGUAUUAACCACACAAAAUGCCCCUUAGCUACAAUACCCUCUAUGUCUAUUUCUCUCCACUCUUUGGCCCAAUGCACUUCAAAUCCCGAAAAGACUCAAGGCUGUUCAUCAUUUUGUUCCGCUUUCAUGAUGAUUUUGUUUUUAUCAAACCAUUUUAGAGGCCUCUACUCCUCAGGAGUUGUGUGAGCGCUGUUGGGGAUUUAAUGACACCAUUAACACACCUGAAUGACAUGUGUACACGUAUAA